ACUGUUUUUCCAUUACCAGAUCCGAUCCCACCACCGACACCAUAGCUUUAAAUCUUGAAAUCAAGUCUUUUCUUUUUUUAUUUAGUCCAAAUUCCUGGAAAUAUAACCAUUCUCGGAAUUCCCACUUUAAGAAAUAAAAAAGUUUCCUUUGUUAGUUUCUUUGUGAUCAUUUGGAUUCUGGGUUAGUUGAAGGAAGUUCAUCAUGUUCAGGCUUUCACCUUGUCGGAACCAAAGAUCCAAAGGGUUCAAGGUAAAGCAUGCUCUACAAAUAUGUCUUCUGGUUGGUGUUUGCCUCUGGCUGCUUUACCAAGUUAGGCACUCUAGUGAGAAGCAAACAGUUGAUGAGAAAUCUGGGAAUGAAGUCAUAAAGCUGGGGAGAAAGGACCUUCCUCAAGCAGAGGAAACAACUGUCGAGGAUACAAGGCAGGAGAAGGAAGAAAGCAAGAAUGAAGAAGAAGAAGAGAACAAGGCUGAGGAAACUGAAAAUGAAGCAAGAGCGAAUGGGGAUGAUGAUGCAAUGCGUGAGCAUGAAAACAAAAAACGUGAACACGAAACUGAGAUUAGAGAAGUUUCAAUAGAUGGAGAGAAGGAACAUGAAGAAAGUAGGAACAAUGAUAGCGAAGAGAAGGAGACUAAAGUGAAGGAAAGUGGAAACAUGGAGAGUGACGAGAAUGUUAGCGAGGAGACACAAGAGAUCAAUAAUGAAGAGAAAGAAAACACCGGGGAGAGUUAUGAAAAGGAAAAUAAACAGAUUGGGGAAGAGAUUUACGAAAUGGGAAGCGGCAAGAAAGAGACAGAAAAGAGUGAAAGUGAGAUAGAGAAUUCAGGUACUUCAGAUGAUCGGGUCCGGGAUGGAGUUGACAGGAAAAAUGAAGAAGCAAGAGAAAAACAUUACAAGGGGGAUGAUGCUUCCAGCGAAGUAGCCCAUGAUACCCAAAAUGUAGCUGUUGGGAGUGAGACAAGUGGUUCAGAAAAUUCCAAUGAGUCAGAGCAGUUGGAAAACAAAGAUACAAAUGAAUUUGACCAGAAGAACAAAACAGAUAGCAGUGAAGCACAUCAUGAUGAGUCAAAUGUGCAAGAAAAUGAAAAAACUGAAAACAAUCUAGAGAAUGAUAAUGAGAACAAUCAGGCUGAGUCAAAAGAAGAUUCCAAUCCUGAUUUCGUGACAUCUACAGAAUCGAAUGAGCACCAGAAUGGGACCGAUCAUAAAACACCCGAUACAACUCAGAAUGAAAGUGAUGUAGUACAACAAUCUGAGCAAUCUGACUCAGGUGGCAAUGCCGAGCAAUCGGAUUCAAAUUCAACUCCAACUUCAACUGAGAAUGGGGAUGGAGCUAAUGGAGGUUCUACAAGCUCUACCAGUAACUCUGAAUCUGUUGAAUCGAAUGGACAGACUGAGAACCCCAAUGCAUGGACAGGAUCUAACAGCAAUUCUGCACAUUCAGUUUCAAGCCUAACUGAUAACAGAGUUCAGAGUGAAGAAUCCAACAAUAAUUCUGCAGGGGAGGGGACACGAGAUAAUGUUCUGUCAUUAAACACAAAUGAUAAUUCAAAUGCUGGUCAGAACGAAGAAGUUAGUUCUUCUGAUUCUUCAAUUGCCAAAAAGAGUGAAACAUCCUCGAACACAAAUGAUAAUGCUGGUGCAGGUCAGAAUAAGAAUGAUAGUGGCAAUACCAAUAAUGAUGGAAAUGCAAAUGGGAAUGACAGCAGCACUGACAAUCAGAGCAACACCAAUGACAAUGCAAAUGCAAACGAAGAUGUUACUCAAAAGGACAACAAUUCGAAUGUAAAUGUAAAUACUGCUCAGAGCAACACCAACAAUGAAAAUGCAGAUCAUAAUGAGAGCAAUGCUGCUCAGAGCUAUACCAACAACGAAAAUGGAGGUCAGAAUGAGAAUAAUGCUGCUCAGAGCUACAAUGACAAUAACGAGAAAGAAAGUCAGAAUGAGACCAAGGAUGCUGGUCAGAGCAACAUCCGCAACAAUGAAAACUCAAGUCAGAAUGAGAACAAUGCUGCUCAGACCUACAGUAAUGAAAAUGCGGGUCAGAAUGACGACAACAAUGCUGCUCAGAGCUACAAUGACAAGAAUGGAAAUCAGAGUGAGAAUGAGAACAGUAAUUAUCCUCAGAGCUACACGAACAACGACAGAAAUGCUAAUUAUGAUGUAAAUUCAGACCAAAAGGAAUCAGUCAAUUCUUCAAAUUCAUCAGAUACAUCAUCAAAUACAGAUGGAAACACUGAUGCAACCCAGAAUAAUCUCAAUGUUUCUUCUGAUGCUUCUACUCCUCGAGAAGUGAAAGAAGCUCAAAAGGAUUUGGGGUUUUUGCCAGCUACUAUGACCGAGGGGAAUAACGGUGAGAAGGCAGCUGCAGAGUGAAAUUCCUGAUGGUUGUUGUUCACUAUAUGAUUAUUACUGUCAUUAAUUUUGUUUUCUUCUUCCUGAGAUGAUCAGGCAACUGUAAGUUCCUGGGUAUUUCUUGUGCUUUAUUGUGAAAUUACUGCUGCAAAAUUAUUCUUAUACUUGUAGAUUUCUACUUAUAAUGAUUGACAUUCCAAGUUGUCAUAAGCCAAAUAUGAAGGUUUAAAUUGUGUUAUACCGUCUGGCAAAAACGAAAGUCAUAGGUUUGAUUCAACAGAAUAUCUUUCUGAAGGAUUCCGUUUAAAAAGGAAGAGAAAAUCCCAUUUAAGUUUUUCCGCAAGUGUGUCUAGUUGCAGCACAAAUCAUCAUCUUUAAAUGGAACACCAGCUCUUUUUUUUUUUUCUUUUUCUUCUAUCGAAUCCAUGAAUUUGAAUCUUAACUUGCAAGGACCCGUGGGGUUGGCAAAGCAGUAAACCUGACAGUGCCCCAAGACCUAAAAUCUAUCUGAAAACCCAACUCUCAACCUUAAUCUUUGACAUCCCAACAUCCGCUCGGAUUAUCCCUUGGCUAUUGCCAUUUAUGAAUAUCUCAAGCUGAUAUGCUAACGAUCCUAUAUUCACUUCUCUGGUGUAUAAGGGUCCCUUGGUAAUCAAUAUUAGUUGCUUUAGUUUCAGCAUUAGUUGUCUUUCGUCUUCAUCUUAAAUUUUAGUUAAAUAUUCAAAACCAAAACUUGGAUAGAAAAGCAAUGUCACAUGCAUAUAAUCUGUAGUGAGUUGACAAUUAAUAAUUGAUGCACUGAGUUACAAUUGCAGUGUUUUCACAUAACAAUCACUAAAUUCACGAGUGAAAUUAAAUCUUUAGUAACCAUUAUUGCACAUGAAAAGACCUUCCAUCAAUCAUUAUACCGUGAAAAUAAUAAUCACUUGCAUAAGAAAGGUCUCGAGUUGUUUGUCCUAACCUUACCAAUAGCCCCCUAUCUCAAUGGUUAGUGUUUUACUCUCAAAUCAUUUUCUUGUCAUAGUCUUAGUAAUUAUCCUCCUUUUCCGGUGGAUAGUCUCAACUCUAGAAUCAUUCUCCUUUUGUAUUUCCGAAAAGCGGCCUAACUACAUUGCCAACUUCACAAGGGCAUUUGGCAAUCAUGCUGACAACAUUUACCGACACCCCAGCAUCCCAUUUUAAUCUCACCAAUAAUUUAGGUUAACGAAGUAAAAAUUGAUGAAAAUCUCCAAAAUACAACCCCUUUUGG